AUGCAGAUCCCAUCACAGAAGCUGCCCAAGGGCGAAUCGGUGUCACUCCACGUCGACAACUUGGACCCAGAGGAGCUGCGAAUCAUGUUUGACUUUCUGGCAAAGUGUACAUCCAUCGAACAUGCACAUAUCGAUGUUGGAAAAAUCCCGACGAAACGUGCGUAUCGGCAAAAGCUGAUGCGUCUUAGCCUGGACGAGCCGUAUGCCAUGAUGCCACCAGGCUACAUGAAGAUCGUACGAAGCAUCAGCAUCAUGGCGUCCAAGGCCACGGAACUCGUAUCUCUCCACUUGGCAGGCAUUCGCAUCCCUCUCGAAGUCGCCUCGGAUCUCGCCCAUGGACUCCAAGGCUGCCGCGCGCUCCAGUCUAUCAAUUUAGAAGGCUCGCAAUUAGGCGACAGCGGCUUGGACAUCCUGGAAGAACGACUGGCUAGUCGGCCAAGCUUGUGCCACUUGGGAUUAGCUCACUGCAAACUCACAGACGUCAGCGCGAGGCCACUUGCGCGGAUCCUUCGCACCCAGGCCGCGCGGCGCGAUGAAAUGUACUGGAGCACGACCUUGCGCGGUCAAACGGUGCCCAACCGAGGGGAAGGCUGUUUUCUCUUGAACGUGGCAUCGAAUGCACUUGGAGAUGGCGCGACCGACGUUUUGUGUCAUGCACUGUACAACGACAAUUGGCUUUACGGGUUGAAUCUAAGUGAAAACAACAUUGGGCCACGGGGAGUAUUGAAUUUUGCCGACAGCUUGCAAACCAACACGACUCUGACGGUGCUAUUGCUCCAACACAACACCAACACAGACGAUCGUGUGUCGUCGUUUGUGAAUACGCUGCUGCAAGAUCGCCAAAUGGCCACGACGAAGCAGACGUCGAUGAACCAUCCGAUGGAGCACACGCUGCUCAAGGCCGUGCUCAAGUCCUGGGGAUGCCUCCGCCGCACCGCGGACGACGACUUGCUGGCUAAACUGCUUUCAAAGCGCACCAAAACGACUAGUGUCGCGAGUAAAGUGGACCACCGCGGCGGCAAAGUCCUUCGACGCUCUUCCGCACCAUCCAUUGGUGGCAAGGCACCGCUGACGAAAUCGUCGUCGUCGUUACGCCCUGCACGCCCUGCAUUGUCGUCCGUGCCCAAAGCCUCCAAGGUGAAAUCGGGGGGACCAAAGGCGGCCAAGAAAACCAUCUUGACAAAGAGCAGUGUGAAACAUGCCAAGCACACGGCAGCAACUACUUCGUCUUUGAAAAUCGGCAAACAAUGUCCGCUAACAUUGCAACCCGAACGCGACGGCGUAACGGCGCUGGAUAUGCUCCUAAAUGAACAGUCUGUGUUCCGGUCCAACCAGGAAGACCCCGCCGUCGUCGUCGCCGCCCCGGCCAAACGGUUGGACCAGCAAAUGUUGAUCAAGCUCAUGGAGCGCAUCUCCACCUUGGAAACAGCGCAAGCCAACGCCCAGCAACACAUUGACCGCGUCGAGGCGGAAAACUUGGCGCUCAAACAAAAAGUCGCCACCGUUGUCGCAGAUCCCAAGCCAGUGGACGCCUCGACCGCCGACAUGAUCCAAGCGCUGGAAUCUGCGAUAGGGCACUUGACAACCCAAGUGUCCCAGCUAGAAACGACACACAAAACCUCGUCCAAGCGACAGGCAGAAGACACCUCCUCGUUCACUGACGCCAUGCUCGACGACCUCUCUCUCCAACUCAAGCGCAGUUUUGGCCUCGACGAGUAG